CCAAAAAAUCAAAAGACAAACACGCUCCUUCCAUUUUCAUCUCUUCUCUUUCCUUACUUUCAGCUCCUCUGAUUCUUAUAGCUCAAAGCUCCCUCUUUCUCUUUCACUUUCUGCUAUUCUUUCUAAAAAAAUUCUCACAUUAUGUUCACUGAAGGGUUAGACGAAUCUGCAAUAAACUGGAUCAACCAGGGAAAAGAAACAGAUCAAGAACCCAGAAUUAGAUCGCCAUUGACUGAAAAGCUAGCACCUCACGACUCAUUCCCCAAAUCACCUCUUAUUUACAACACUGCCACUCUUUUAUCUCCCCAUGUCUUGCCUCCUCCUCUCAAAUUCCGCUCUGGCUUGCUUGGACCUCAUAGUGUUAUAGCUCCUGCUCUCCAUGAAGAUGACGAUGACAGCAACGAAGACGAAAGCGUAGCUUCGGUUUCUGAUGAUAUUUCCGGUGGAGAUGCUGGGAAUGGGAUUUUUUCUGAUGAGGAGGAGAUGUUUGAAAGAACAAAGUGUAGCUCAAAGUUGACUAGAGGGUUUUCAAAGCAGGAUUUGAAGGUUGAGUUGCCUGACACUAAUAGAAGAUUUACUGAUGGUGAUCUGGGUAUUAAGGAUUUUGCUAAGAAAGAUCUUACUUCAGCUGCCACUGGAGGGGGUAGUUUUGGACUCCGGGAACGAGUUCAAAUACAUAAUGCACAUGGAACUAUUCGAGGUUAUGUUAACAAUACAUUUAAAGAUGUUGAAGAUUUGGGGACACCAAGUGCACCUCCUAUAUUGGAUAUUGGAAGAGAAGGGAGUGAUGAAGAAGAAAUUGAGCAAAUUCAGGAUGGAACCUACAAGCCAGUACAAGCAGAUUGUUUUGAUGUCAGUGCAGAAGGAUUACCAGUUUUGAAAUCUGAGUCGUUGAGUUGCCCUGAACUUGCUGAAGAAAGGGUAAAUGAGACUGCAAAUACAAACAAAGAAGAAAAGAUGCCUUAUUGGCAAAAUAACAUGUCUGAUGACUUGCAUCACUAUAACGCCAGUGGUCAAUAUGCAUGGCAGACUUUAAUUGCUUAUGAUGCAUGCAUCCGGUUAUGUCUAUACGCAUGGGCAAGAGGCUGUCCUGAGGCUCCUGAAUUUCUGCGUGAUGAGUGCCUUCUACUGCGAAGUGCCUUUGGGCUACACAAAUUUUUGUUGCAACCACGAGGUGUACAACCAGUAGAAGUGAGCACUACUAAAAGUGUAGAACAAGUUUCAUUGAAGGCAAAGAAGAUUGUUGGAAAAAUAAGAGUGGAAGUGAAGAAACUUCGCAUUAUUCCGAGGAGGAAACUCAGGAGUAUGUACUCUCAGCGAAGUGCAAUGUACAUGCAAGUGGGAGCAGAGUAUGUGCGGCAUGUCUCAUCACUUGUGAAAACCGGCAUGAAUUCUCUUAAAAUAGGCUCAUUUCCAGUGGCGUCUGAAGAGCCAUUAUCUUGCUUAUUCCAGCUGAAGAGUGCUACAGAAGAUACCAAAGUUGAACCAAGUUCAGCCAUCUGCUUGCACCCGGGGGGUGGUGAUUACCAUGUCUUUUUCCCAGAGACUGAAGGUGAUGCUCUUUUGGUGGAAGUCCAAGACAAGAAGAAAUUAGUCCAGGGAAGAGCAACAAUACCAGUUUCAUCUUUGAGUGAUAAUCCUAAUGAGAGAAUCAGAUGGUGGCCCAUAUACCAUGAAGAUGAAGAAUGUGUCGGGAAGAUCCAGCUAUCAAUUGGAAGUACAAUUACUAGUGAUGAGACGAGUCAGAUAAAGAGUGGGCCUGUUGUGGAGACUCUAGCGUACGAUCUACUCCUUGAGGCUUCAAUGCGUGCACAAUGUUUUCAUUCCAGAAACUUGAGGUUACAGGGACCAUGGCAGUGGUUAUUGACUGAGUUUGCUGACUACUACGGAGUUUCUGAUUCAUAUACAAAAUUGAGAUAUCUAUUACAUGUCAUGAAUGUAGCCACACCAACAAAAGACUGCUUAGAGCUUGUAAAUGAGUUGCUUGUACCCAUUUUAAAGGCCAGGAAUGAAAAAAGCUUGACAAGACAGGAGAAAGGCAUACUGCUGGGUUGUGAAACACAAAUUGAGAGUCUCUUGGCAAAUGCUUUUGAAAACUACAAAUCGUUGGAUGAGAAAUCUCCCACAGGGCUAGCUGACUUGUUUGGACCAACCCAGGAGACUGCAGCACCAGCUCUAGCUCCUGCUGUUCAAGUAUACACUCUGCUUCAUGAUAUACUAUCUCCUGAUGCUCAGACCACGUUGAGAAACUAUUUGCAGACUGCAGCCAGAAAAAGGUGUCGGAAACACAUGAUUGAAACUGAUGAGUUUGUUUCAAACAACUCUGAAGGUUUUCUCUUGGACUCCAUUACCAUCUCAACAGCUUAUUUGAAAAUGAAGAAUCUGUGUACAAAUAUUAGCAAAGAAAUUCAGGCAGACAUCAAGAUCCACAAUCAGCACAUACUUCCCAGUUCGAUUGACCUGUCAAACAUCACAGCUGAAGUAUAUAGCACUGAGUUGUGUAAGAGGCUUACCAGUUUCCUUGCUGCAUGGCCUCCAUCUUGUCCUGCAUCACAUGUUAAUGAACUUUUGAUUGCAAUUGCGGAUUUCGAGAGGGAUCUUGAGUCAUGGAACAUCAGUCCUGUGCAGGGUGGAGUAGACUCAAGGAGUUUGUUCCACAAUUAUAUAAUGGUUUGGGUUGAGGAUAUGCAGCUUAAGUUACUCGAUCUCUGUAAGGCUGAAAAGGUGCCCUGGUCAGGAGUAACAACAAAUCAUUCAACCUCACCCUUUGCUGAAGAAAUGUAUGAGAAGAUCAAAGAUUCCCUUAUUGGAUAUGAAGUGGUUAUCAAUCGAUGGCCUCAGUACUCGCUGGUCUUGGAAAAUGCUGUUGCCAAUGUGGAAAGAGCCAUUAUUAAAGCACUAGAGAAACAAUAUAAUGACAUCUUGACUCCUUUGAAAGAUAGUAUUCCGAAAAGACUUAAUAUGCAUGUCCAGAAGCUGACAAGAAGGCAGUCGACAGCUCUAUAUUCGGUUCCCAGCCAAUUAGGAAUUUUCCUCAACACUGUGAAGAGAAUUCUUGAUGCCUUGCACUGUAGAGUGGAGGAUGUGUUAAAGUCUUGGGCAGCUUGUCUGCCCAUCACAGGAGACAAGAAGUCACUGUUUGGGGAGCAGAUGAAUGGGAUCACUGUCAUGUUGAGAACAAAGUACAAAAAUUACUUGCAGGCAACAGUAGAGAAGCUUGUUAACAAUACACAAGCAAAUAGAAAUACGAGACUGAAAAGGAUACUUGAGGAAAUAAAGGAAGAAGAUGGAGAGGCAGAAAUCCGUGAGAGAAUGCAGAUGCUGAGUUCACAACUGAUUGACUCUAUAUCUAACAUAAAUGAGGUCUUCACAAGUAGGAUAUUUGUAGCAACCUGCCGCGGAUUUUGGGAUAGGAUGGGACAGAUCGUACUGAAAUUUCUUGAAGGAAGGAAGGAAAACCGAGUGUGGUAUAAUGGAUCAUACUAUGCUUUGGGGAUACUGGAUGACACCUUUGCAUCCCAAAUGCAGCGGUUGCAAGGAAAUCAGCUCCAAGAAAAAGAUGUAGAGCCGCCUCGAUCGGUAAUUGAAGCUCGGUCUAUCCUCUGCAGAGAACCGGCUAAUGCAACGGAUUCAUCUACCUACUUCUACGUUUAAUACUAAUACUGUUUUGCAUAUUGUUAAUAUACGUACAGCACAAAGACAGUUUCCAACUCAUAUAUUCUUUUUGUAUAUGUCAAAAUAUAUAUACCCAGAUGCUGCCCAAAAACGCCAUUAAAUCAUUCUUAUGUUUUUCAUAUUCAAAACAUCUUGUAUUCUUUUUCUGAUUGAAAUUACAUUGAAAUAAAAACAGUUUCUCAGCUUA